CCCGCUUCCUCCAACUCCCUCUGGCUCCCGCCUUCGCCCGCUUCCGGUCUUCGUCGUCGCCGCUGCUGCCGCUGCUCCUGCUGCUGCUGCUGAGGCUGCUGGCGGAGGCCGGAGGAUCGGGCGGCGGCGGCGGCGGCGGCUGAGAGGGCGGCGGCGGGAGCGGAACAGAACAAGGGAGCGAGAGGAAGCGAGCGAGUAGCAAGCGGAGCGUACCCUUCCGCCCGCCUGAGGAGCCGGAGCAGCCCGGGCCCCGCCGCCGCCGCCACCGCCGCCGCCGCCUGCCUGCCGGACAAAGCCGAGAGUCGGCGCCCAGAGCCAUGUCCUCGUCCGCCGGCAGCGGCCACCAGCCCAGCCAGAGCCGCGCCAUCCCCACCCGCACCGUGCCAAUCAGCGACGCCGCGCAGCUACCUCAUGACUAUUGCACCACGCCCGGGGGGACGCUCUUCUCCACAACACCGGGAGGAACUCGAAUCAUUUAUGAUCGAAAGUUUCUAUUGGAUCGUCGCAAUUCUCCCAUGGCUCAGACCCCGCCCUGCCAUCUGCCCAAUAUUCCAGGAGUCACUAGUCCUGGCACCUUAAUUGAAGACUCCAAAGUAGAAGUAAACAAUAUGAACAACUUGAACAAUCAUGACAGGAAGCACGCAGUUGGGGAUGAUGCUCAGUUUGAGAUGGACAUCUGACUCCUGCAAAAAUUAGAAGAAAAGCAGCAACCUGAUACUUGCGUGUACCCGAUCUGGCCAAUAGGAUCAACAAAGCAAAGCAGCAGCAGCACCAGCAGUCCCUAUUGCAGUCUUCACCUCCCCUCCCUUGGGUGCCAAAUGAUGGGAAGAUGAGUGUCAUCUGACCAUUCUUCUCCAUGCUUCCUGUUCCCAUUCCUAAUUAGACAGAUUAGAUUGAAGGCCCUUGGUGUAUUUCUGUAGAGCUAAGCAGCCCAUGGAGGAAAGUGUUCAACUCUGGCUUCCUUGGUCAUUUUUUAUUAAGAACCAACCCCCUCAAAUUUAUCCCAGAUCAAGUAUCAAAUUACCAACCACCUCCUGGCUGGUAGGGAUACAGAGGUUUGGUAGGUUCGUCAUUGUUCGUUUUUUUACCCUCAGUCUCUUCUCCUUGUAUCCUACCUGUGGUUCAGAACUGCAAGAGCCUGGGUUUGGGGUCUUUAAAGUCAUCAGGGAGAAUGAUAGAAAGAACUUUACCUUUCACCUUGAGGUGUUGUCCUUAGGGACAGCAGUUUGUGCACCUCUCAUAACUUAACCUUGUGACACUGUUUGAAGGUCCAGUUCCCUUUGCUCUGGGAACUGAGAGGUCCCUUCUGACGUAGAGGGUUUAAAAGUAAAGGAGUAGAAGACAUUUCUCAUCUUCUUAUUUCUUUACUUUUAAACCCUUUACGUUAGAAGGGAGCCCUUGGUAAUUAGCUUUGCUCAAAUGUUGUUCCUCCUUGCUUACAUCUUGUUGCUGGCAGAGUCUUUUGUACCUUGAGAUAAUUAGGUGAUUUUGUCUGCUCCCAGAGCAGGUGCAUACCACAUAAUAGAGGCACUCUGGCCUCCACUUGGUGCAUUAGGCCUGAUCGUAGUGUUCUGCCAGACAUUGUAAGGAUGACCCCUGAAUAGUGUUGACCCAUUUGAGUACCCAUCCUCAGUAGUCAUUGUUUUUAAGUCUAAUACGCAUUGUGAGAUUUGUUCUUGGAUUACAGUUUCUCACGUUUUAAGCUUAAAGUUGAUUUGCAGAAUGUUCCUAAAAGUAACUCCACUUUUUUCCUUUGUGGAUCUGCUUUGUUUGGCUGCUGGGGUAGAUAAGCAUGGGCUUUAAAAUGUUUUCCUCCCAGUUCUCUUGCCUUUCCCAUUCUUCCUCCCUCUCUUCCUCUCUCUCCUUCCUUUACUUUCUUUUUCUCCGCCAGGCCAUUUUUCAGAUUUACUCAAAGAUACCUCAAGUAUUGGUAUCUGAUACUAUCACUCCUCUUAUCUGAGGAGUGACCUUUUAUUUUUAAGAUGACUACAGACCUAUUUUUAGAUAUGUUUUCAGUACAAUUUUGAACAGCAACUUUUUAAUUAAACAUCUUCCAGUGUUAGGAAGGUGAGAAAUGUCCACAGACAAGUCUGCUGUUCUGUGUCAUCAUCCUUUGUCUCCCUGAGUCCCUUAGGAGCUCUCUCCUUCCCUCUAGUUUUGGGUGUGCAUGUUGGAGUUUGGAGUGGGUGGUUUGUAAAGCUGGACCAUUCUGCCUUGCUGUGAGUGUUCACAAAAGCCUCAUUCUUUUCCCUUACUCCUUUGUUUUCACAUUCCUUCUCCUCCCCACUUCUCCUGGGACUAUUGACUGGCACAGUAAUCUCAGGAGAGUGACACCCCCCAUAGAAAGACUAGAGCAUCCAUUCCCUCAAGAAAGACAAAGUAGCUCCUAGUGUCCUGGGGAUUUCUGGUUGGGUUUGGUGCCCUGAACCCUCUUAUUAAGAAAUAACAUCCCAGAAUGAGAGUAACAGGCCAACUGGCUAAGAAAGCUGUUUGUGUUUCUUUUGAACUAUGGAAAGAUCCUGUUUGUGAAUACAUUUAGAAAGGAGAGGGAGGAUGUCUGUAGAACUUUGCUCUGUUUUUUUGCUACAAAAUGUGAAUAAUUCAAAGAGUAAAAGCCUUUUGUGAUGGUUGAUGUCUCAGGAAUAAGCUGGAUCUCCAAUGUUUUGGGGAUGCCCUUGAGUCUGAAAAAUUGAUAAUCAGAAAAGUAUUUUUUUGUUUGUUGGUUUAAUGUAACCCUAUUCUGAUAUUAAACUCCAAAUUUCGUCUCACAUACUCUUGGACAAACUUAAGUUGUUCUGUAAUUUGCAUAAAAACUUGCUCAGGACCUCAUUGUACCUUGGGGAGCUUGAUUCUUUGAGAAUGAAGCUUUUCAUUUUUCAUACACUGGCCUUGGCAUCCUAUGGACUAUGACUCCAACUAGCAGCUAGUCUAUCAGUGAGCAGAAGAGUAUUCUCUUCUUAAUUUUUAUUACUAUAUAUAGAAACUUGGCUUCCUUACUGAACGGUGGGGAAUAGAUUUAAAACAUGUGAGCCUGAGUAGUAUUAAGAUGUCAUUUUCUCCUUUCUUGCUGUCUUAGGGCAAGGAACCUCUGUGCUCCGCCCCCUAAUGAGAGGACAUGUUUUUAGUAUUUCUUGGGAGUGUCACCUAUAUAAUGCAGUUUAUUCUUCUCUGCGAGGACUUCCUUACUGCUUGGUGCAAUCUUUUCCUUUAGUCCACCACUGUCAGACUUUGACCUCCAUAAAUCGGCAUUUUAAGUUUUUUUUAUAGAGACAGGGUCUUAUGCUGGGGCUGGAGUGCAGUGGUGUGACCAUAGCUUAUUGAAAUUUUGCACUUGGGCUCAAGGAAUCCUCUUGCCUAAGCCUCCUUACUAGCUAUGAGUAUAGGUGUAUGUCAUGUCUAGCUAAUUUUUCCCCCUAUUUUUUGUAGGCAAGGUCUUGCUAGGUUGCCCAGGCUGGUCUCAAACUCCUGGGCUCAAAGCAAUCCUCCUGCCUCAGCCUCCCAAAGUGCUGAGAUUAUAGGCAUGAGUCACUGUACUUGGCAAAAUCAGAAUUUUAAGAAUAAUUUUACAUGGCAUGAGACAAAUAUUUAGCAAAUGAUAACCUUGUGUCAUACCUCACAGAAUUGUUUUUAGAUAAGCCAGGGUCCAGUGGGUGGUUUACUUCUGGAUGUUUAAAAGGAACCUCACAGAUGAAGCCCAAAAUAGAUAAUACAUCCUAGCUUCUUUUAAGGGGAAAGGGACACCUUAAGGUUACUCUUGAAGGAGAUGGUUCUUAAAAUCUUAGUGACCAUUUUCUGUUUAUAAGGAAACCAUGUUUCUAUAUUUAUGGGGGCAAUCGGUCUUAAUGGAAGUAACCUUCCAAAUCCUAGCAGGAGACCUGUAUUGCCACGGUUCUACCUAUGUAGGUGGUUUAUUGAAUUCACCAAACAGGGAUAGCAUUCUCAAAGAGCACAGACAUAAAGAAGCUGGCUUCUAGAUAUUGGGCUUCCAAGCUGAGAGUUGUGUCCUUCCACCUCUAUUAGUUAUCUAUUGCUGUGUAGCAAAUUACCCCUAAAUUUAGUAUCUUAAAAUAACUAACAUUAUCCAUUUCUGUGGGUUAAGUAUUUAGAAGUAAGCAGUUUAGCAUGUCAAGAUGUGGACAGGGGAUGCCAUCAUCUAUGUUUGAAGAAUCUGCUUCCAGGCUCUCCUUUAUGGAUGUUAGCAGGAUGCCUCAGAUUCUCCACAUGUGGGUUUCUCCAUACGGCAGCUUAAUGUCCUCAUACCAAUGCAGGCUGACUUCUUCCUGAUCCAUAUAUCCUAGAGAGGCAGGGAGGGCAAGGACAAAGCUGCAGUGCCUUUUAUGAACUCAUCUUCGAAAGCACACUAUUACUUAUUCUCUUCUUUAGGAGCAAGCUACUAAGCUCAGCCUACACUCGCAAGAGGAAUUAUACCCCCUACUGAAUGGAGCAGUAUUUAGGGACAUAGCUUAAAACCAGCAUAUACCAACAGAGGAUGAAACCAGGUUAACAGGGAGGUAGGUUGAACCUAGAUAAGCUGAGAGAUAUAAGCACUUCUCUAACGUGUGCAUCACAAAACUGGGAUAGAAGGAAAUCCCCCUUUCCCCUGCUAGUUUUGAGAGGGGUGGCAAUUCCCAGCAAAAGUAUAUCCAUAUAUCUGCCUGACUACCAGCAGCUCAGGGAUGCUUAUUUGCAAGUCCUAGACUUGGUGUCUCUAAGACUCAUUUGCCACUUUUAUUUUCCUUUACCCAGGAAUUGACAGAGGAAUUGGACUUUCCAGCUGAGCCACUAAAGGUAUCUUAUUUGGGGUCUGAACUGUCAAGCUAAUGGAGCUAAGGUGAAUUAGAUGUUAGGCCAUUGAGCUGAAGAAAAAAAGGCAGCCCAGAUUUGGGAUGAAAUAGAUGGUGUCAGAAAACUAGGUACCAGUCCAGGCCCAGUGGCUCAAGCCUGUAGUCCUAGCACUUGGGAGGCUGAGGCCCUGCCUAGCCUGUGGAUUGCCUAGCUCACAGGUAUGAGACCAGCCUGAGCCAGAGCAAGACCUUGUCUCUAAAAAUAGCCAGGCAUUGUGGCGGGCACCUAUAGUCCCAGCUACUUGGGAAGGUAAGCCAAGAGAAAUUGCGCUUGAGCCCAAGAGUUUGAGGUUGCUGUGAGCUAUGAUGUCAUAGCACUCUACCAAGGGCGACAAAAUGAGACUGUCUCAAAAAAAGAAAGAAAGAAAACUAGUUACUCAGUAGUCUCUCUAACUACACCGGCUUUACCAGGGUCAGAUCUGUCACCCAAGAAGCAACUUCUCAACAAAAUAGGGAACAUUUGAAAAUUAUAAGUGUCUGGGCUUGAUUGCUCCUUUAAAUCCAGUGUGCAGGUUCACUCUGCAUGCCCAUCUUGUUCUGGCCUUCUGGAUGGAAGUGUGUUCUUCAAGAGGACUGGUCUUGUCUUCAACCUUAAGAAAAACAUAGAUGAGGCUUGUCAAUUUAGCACGUUCUUAGUGAACAUCUGAUAUGUUUCUGGCACCCAUUCUUAACCAAAUCUUUAAGGGUUUUAGACGCUUUCUUUUUUUUUGGUUUUAGACACCUUAAAGAUGCACAUUUCUUGUUUAGAGUUUAGAUUUACACUCUGCCUCUUUCUGGCAUUAUCUGUAGCCCUGCUUGCUUUAGAGUAGUAAUUUUUCAACCGGUGUGCUGCGAAAAUUUUUAAAGAUCAUUAAUUAUUUUCAAAAGAAAUUCAAAGCCCAGUAAGUCCUAUAUUCUUUCUUUUACUUUUUUUUUUUGUUUUGUUUUGAUCAACAUAAGUGUGCUGCAGAAGUUUAACUAUAGGUUCAAGUAUGCUGUGAGAUUAAAAAAAAAAGGUUGAAAAACACAGCUUUAGAGUAUACUUGAAUAGGAAGCAUUGCUGCUGAGGAAGCUGCAAGAAAAAGGUACUUCUUCCAGAAGUAAGGAACUCAAUUUUGGAGCACCUUCGAACUGAUUUUGUUUUUCCUUAUUUUGAGGCAGAUUCAAAAUUAAUAGUCUUUCGGGUUUUUUGCUAUUUGGAUUUCUAGCUCUUUGGGACUCUCAGACCUAGUCCUAGUUAAAAGUCCUUCAUUUCCAUUUCUGUUCACCCUGCUACAUAUGUGGCUUUCACACCCUGCAGCCCUCAUUUGGCCAUUUUUUCAGAGGGCCCACUUUGAAUCAAGGCAAUGAUGAAGGGACUCAGUAUGUUAGCAGCAGUAUCCCAGAGAUUGAAUCCAUUUGUGUUCUCCCCAUCUUGGAUACCAGCUGCUUGAAGCCAGGGCCCUUCACUCUUUCCCUUUAGAGAGGAAGCCCCACUGUCUUUCUGGUUCAGAGCAGUCCCUUCUUGGCGUGUUUGCUGAACUAUCUGCGCAUGUGCAGCUAUUUACUAAUCUGCGAGACCCAAUCACUUACCUCCCUGUAACAUCUGGAAAGGCUUAUUUGUUUUAAAGAAACAUUAUAUAUUUGGGAGGGCAGUUUCUUCUGGACUUUGAGGGGCCUUAGUUAACCCCGCAGUUCUUUACCUCUCAGCUUUUAAUAAAAAAAGAAAUCUGAUCUUGAUACAGUCACGUCAUAAUUCCUUAGGAUGCUUAUACCCAGGGACAUUUCCUGUUCCUAAUAAUGGCUUUCCAGCUCAAUAAUAGAGUUUUUUGAGGCUAGCUCACAGAAAUAUCUAACUGAAGAUUGAUACUUGUUUGUUUUUUUUUGUAGAGACAGAGUCUCACUUUAUGGCCCUCGGUAGAGUGCCGUGGCCUCACACAGCUCACAGCAAUCUCCAACUCCUGGGCUUAGGCGAUUCUCCUGCCUCAGCCUCCCGAGCAGCUGUGACUACAGGCGCCCGCCACAACGCCCGGCCAUUUUUUGGUUGCAGUUUGGCCGGGGCCGGGUUUGAACCCGCCACCCUCGGUAUAUGGGCUGGCGCCUUACCGACUGAGCCACAGGCACCGCCCUACUUGUUUUUUCAAUUAGUCAUUCAGAUCACCUUUCCCACCCCCUAGAAUUUCAAUUUCUUUCUCUAGGCUGGUCCUGGAAGUUAAUACUUUUGGCAAAGCUUAGGUUUAGAAGGCUUUUGAGUCCCCGUACAGACAGUCUGUGGUUCUCUUUGCUUAUUGACCUCUGCCUGCAGCCCUGGCAGACCAUACUGUAUGUCAUGGAUGCCCAGUGGAAAUAGUAGUGAGGUGAAAUGCGUUUCCCAAGGUAUUUAAACUGUCGUUCUGCCACCUAAGGGUGAGAGGCUGGCAGAGAGAUGCUGUAAUGCUUGAUAAUCAUUUGGCCACCCUGAAGUUUCCAAAAGGAGUGAGCUCUUGCCGGUGCUUUAAACCAAAACUCCUGGACACUUAGAGAAUUCCAUGAAUCUAGUACAGAAUAACCAUUCUUGCCAAAUGUACCCACUUUCUCUCCAUUAAAAAAAAAAAAAAAAUCAAGCCCGGCCAAGGGUAAUUUUUAUUGGAAACCAGGGGAGUUGGGGAGGGAGGGAACUAAGGGGCAAGUUGUUGGGUAAGCCAUUCUGCUCCUACCUGGUGUUUGUAUCCAAAUCAGAGUACCUUGCGCCAGUGCCUUUCCUUCACCUGCAGAGGGAGCCCAUCCCUUUCCACCUUGGUGAGGAGACCACCCUCUGCCACCCCAGGGGUAAACCUUAAAGGGGUCUUGUAAAGCCCAAAGGACACUCACAUGCUAAAGUGUCCAUUUUAACUAUCUUAAAAUGAUUUUAUUUAAAUAGCCCUUCCCUGUCUUAGUGCCACCAAUGGCCCAGUUUCAUCCAUUCUGAAUGGAAAAGAGGAGACUGCCAGCACUUCCUCAGUCUUCUUCCCUGUCUCCCUAAUGUGUGGUCCCUUCACCCUCCCGUCCAUUUCACUGUCGUGGAUGGAUAGCAGAGGGCACCGUGCAGUCCUUGAGGCAGUCCUGUGUGAUUCCCAUGAUCGAUGUAUUUUUUUUAACUGUCCUUCCAAACCAGCAGUGUUUGGAAAUGAGGGAAAAAUUUAAAUUCUCAUCAAUGGUUGCUGUUAAAUCAAUAAAGAUCAUGAGUAUCAA